AUGGAGUCUGCAAGGCGUUGGUUUGGUAAAUUCCGAUCAAAAGAUAAGCAGAAGAGUUCAAAGAAGAAUGAAGCUACAAGUAAUGGAAAAGAAGGGUCAAAAGCACUACCGAGUGAGGAAAUACCUUCAGACGCCACUAAGCAGAAGGUUGAAGCUGCUAAGCAGUAUAUAGAAAAGCAUUAUAAGGAGCAAAUGAAGAACCUGCAGGAGCGGAAGGAGCGGGCGGUUUCUACUUUUUUUGUUUAUCGGUUUCGAUGUGGGAUAACUUCACAAGAGGUAAGAGUGUUGACUGUUGGGUGUUCUCUUCCUUAG